CUACCAUUGUGAACUACGUGAAAUUAUUAUUUUCCGGCUUUAAUUCGCGUUGUUAACAAAUUCCAGCAAAUAUAAAUAAAUUAAUUUAUAUUUCAAUAAAGAAUUAAAAUGGCUGAUGUGCUCGAUAUUGACAAUGCCGAGGAGUUUGAGGUUGAUGAGGAUGGUGACCAGGGCAUUGUUCGUCUAAAAGAGAAAGUCAAACAUCGCAAGGGACGUGGAUUUGGUAGCGAAAGCAAUUCGCGCGAACCCAUACAGAGUUAUGAGCGCGUUCGCCACGAAGACGACGAUGAGUUGGAACCGGGCCCACAGCGUUCCGUUGAAGGUUGGAUUUUGUUUGUUACCUCAAUACACGAGGAAGCACAGGAAGACGAUAUACAGGAAAAAUUCUGUGAAUUUGGCGACAUUAAGAAUAUUCACUUGAACUUGGAUCGCCGCACAGGUUUCUCAAAGGGCUAUGCGCUAGUAGAAUACGAAACUCACAAGCAAGCACUGGCUGCAAAAGAAGCACUACACGGCGCAGAAAUCAUGGGACAAGUAAUACAAGUGGACUGGUGUUUUGUAAAAGGACCCAAGCGUAUGAAAAAGUCUGAGAAGCGCAGAAGGUAAAAACUCGAAAAGAAGUCUGUGGAUUCGCAGAGGUUUUAUCUAUUGUGCUCAUUUAUACUGAAAUGUAUACAGCGAAGUCCGAUUUGUACUAAUUUAAUUACAUAUUAUGAUGUAGUAAGUAUUUCAUUACAGGUUAAAUAAAACUUUAAUUCAACACUACCGAA